UCUUGCUAAUUAAACAGCCAUUUACUCAAGCUACCUAGGAAGCAGAAAUAUUACAGACAGAUUUGCCGAAAUGGGAAGGAUGCCAUGCUGUGCUGUAGAAGGAGUCCACAAAGGAACAUGGUCUGCUCAGGAAGACAGUAUACUCAUUAACUACAUUAGAAUCCAUGGAGAAGGGAAGUGGACUCACGUACCUCGUCGAGCUGGAUUGAAGCGAUGCGGAAAGAGUUGCAGAAUGCGAUGGUUGAAUUAUCUGAGGCCAGAUAUUAAGAGAGGUAACAUUUCCGAGGACGAAGAAGACCUAAUAAUCAGACUCCAUAAGCUCCUCGGUAAUAGGUGGUCGCUUAUUGCUGGUAGAUUACCGGGACGAACAGACAAUGAAAUCAAGAACUAUUGGAAUACCAUUUUGAAAAAGAAAGUUGAGGAACAAAAGGGUAGUCUUGAUUCCAACAAACAACUACAGAACCCACUGGGACCACAGGAGGCAUCAAACCAAGAGCAAGUCUUUCCAACCAAAACAGUAGUGCGAUGCAGCAACAAGGUUAUUAUGAAUCCUCCACCGUUGGAUAUUGUUCUUCCCCAUAUGAUGGAAAAGAACAUGAAAAGUACUGAGAGACCAUCUUCUUCAACAACAUUUGAGAAAGAUGAUUCAUUGGAUCGUUUAAUGGAUUUGGACAUUGAUGAUUUCCUUUUAUCGGAGACUCCGAACUCACAGCCACUAGAUCAUGGAAGUCAUUAUGAAAAUAUGGCAGGUGGGGGAUGCAACCUUUAUAGUAACAUCUUAUGUGGUCAAAAUUUUCCACUAUCAACAAGUGAAAUGGAGCUUGAUCUUCUGAUAGAUAAGGCAGGACCUGAAAAUCUGAAUCUCUUUGAUCCUUAUUUACAACCAAAUAAUGCUUUGGAUUUCAAGAGUUCACCAACCUUUCUAGGUUUAGAAGAGAAUUGGAUUUUUUAAUAUUAUAUAGUUUUUUCUUUUCUUCUUUUAAGGAUUAGAAGAUAACUUAUCAAUUAAAAAUCAAGCCAAUAACUGGCAGCUGUCGGUUAAAAAUCCAUGCAGGUAGUUAAUAACUAUCCCCAUUCUAAUAAUCUCAUGCAUGUAGGUGGUUAACAUUGAACUCCUGAAACGAAGUUCAGUCACAAGCUCUCUAAUUCCCUUUACAACCCUAGCCCUCUUUCUCUCUCUCUCUUGGACAACCCUAGCCAUUUCUUCAUUUUCUCUUGCUUUAUUUUAGAUUAUUUGCUGUUAUGGUUUUUAAUUUCAGCAGUACCUUUUCUAUAUCUCAUCCUCCUUUUUCUUUAUAAACUAGAUUUGAUGUCUUUUCUUCGUUCCAGUAUUAUUAAUCGGUUUGAAUAACUUAAACCCAACUAUGAAUCUUCUGCUUUAAUUAUGUUUGGUUAGUUUGAAGUUCUUAGUUUGAGUUUGUAAGGGAGGAGGGCCCUUCUUAAACAGCUUGUGUAGCUCUUGAGUUUAUUGGUUGAACACUGAAGUACAAGUGUUUCAACACCUCAGUGAAGAUUUUUCAACAAUGAAGAGGAAAGUGCAGUGUUUACUUCAACUAAUAUAUUGCAACUUCCGGAUCUACAGGAGAAUCAAAUCAAAUUUUUGUUUUUUUAAUUGAUGUUUGA